AGUUAAGUUUGGCUCGGCCGUGUUGUUAUUGUAUGUAUUCGAUUCUCGGAACAUGUAUUGUUGUAUUGCGUGUGUCAAACUUUUUUGAUUGAUUGGUUUUGUUUGUGUAUGGUUACGUCUUUGUUGCGUAACGGGUAUUUUAGCUGACGUGUGGAUCACUUAGGCGGUUUACAAUGUAUAUAAGUGGUUGUAUACUUAUAAUAACAAUGAAUUGGAAGUUCAUAUGAGAGUUUUGGAUACAUACAAUAUUGACGCAUGCUAAAAUGAAAUGAUCGUAAAGUUUUGAAAUUUGAUUGCUUGUAAUUAUAUAUGUGUAGCGUAGCACAUGUUCUAUGAUAGGGUUGACUUGGUGUGGGAAAGUCAUUGGCUUUACGUGUUAGUUUACGGUUAUCACGUAAUAUAUGCAAACCUUUAGUUAUAUCAUUUUGAUUUAGAUUACAGGUGAGGUACACGCAAGCGCAAUCAUCUGUGAAGGAUUCUGCAGAUUUGUCAAUAUAUAUAUAUAUAUAUAUAUUUCUAAAACGAGAAGUCUGCUUUAGCCUUACUUUCUUGUUGUGCAUUUUCCGUUUGUGGUUUUCUGUUAAAGAAGGGUAUUAAAAUACAGUGUAUUGAUAGUACAUGAGACCAGGGCUUUUGAAGUCGGUUUCUAUAGGGAUUAGGGUAAUGUUGGUUAUAGAAGACCUUUUGCCUGUCUGCGUUUGGGGAUUAUAAAUAUGAAGUUUUUGUGGUGAGAUUUGGAUACAGAGGGUGUGUAUAUUGCCUUCCGGAGAAAAGAAAAGAGAAGGAUGGAUGUGUAUAUGAAUAUCAGAAUGGGUUUGGGAUUUAAACAAAUCUUGUUAAUUUUUCUUUUUGUAUUAGGCCAAUAUAGUUCUGUAACUGCAGAGCUAGAAAAUAGUACUUCACAGAGGUUAAUAACUGCUCCAUUGAAGGAGACGAUUGGAAGUGUUAUAGAUGGUACUAAUUUAGGAGAAGUUUUCAACUCUGAUACAAAUACCGAUGAACUUAACGGGAAGAAGGGUGGAAACAGCAGGGUUUCAGUGACUACUGUUGCUUUGUUUACUAUGGCUAUGGCUGCUGCAACUGGUUUGGGUGCGUUGCCAUUCUUUUUUGUGGAAAUUGAUGCUCAGUGGGAAGGGAUAUGCAAUGGGAUGGCUGCCGGGGUGAUGUUAGCAGCUAGCUUUGAUUUAAUACAAGAAGGGAGAGAUCAUGGUAGUGGCAAUUGGGUUGUCAUGGGGAUUUUGUCGGGUGGCAUUUUUAUAUUGCUAUGUAAAAAGUUUCUUGAGUAUUAUGGUGAGGUCAGUAUGUUGGACAUAAAAGGAGCAGAUGCAACUAAGGUUAUUCUCGUAAUUGGGAUCAUGACUCUACAUUCCUUUGGGGAAGGUUCUGGAGUUGGUGUGUCUUUUGCUGGAUCAAAGGGUCUUUCGCAGGGUCUUUUGAUAACGUUAGCUAUUGCUGUUCAUAAUAUACCAGAAGGCUUAGCUGUUAGUAUGGUUCUUGCAUCAAGGGGAGUUUCACCACAGAAUGCUAUGUUAUGGAGUGUAAUUACAUCUUUACCCCAGCCGAUUGUAGCAGUACCCUCUUUUAUAUGUGCGGAUGCAUUUAACAAAAUGCUGCCAUUUUGUACGGGAUUUGCAGCAGGGUGUAUGAUCUGGAUGGUUGUGGCUGAGGUUCUUCCAGAUGCGUUUAAGGAAGCUUCUCCAUCUCAUGUUGCCUCUGCAGCUACGCUUUCAGUUGCCUUUAUGCAAGCUCUUGGUGUUAUGUUCCAAAAUUUCGGGCUCAAUUACAAUUCAGAAGGCGCGUCUGGCUUCCUGGUUUCCUUGCUUUUUGGUCUCGGUCCCUUACUAGGUGGCAACAUUCUUGUCGCCUUUGCUCUCGCCUUCCAUCUUCAACAUGCUCUUCUCACUGGCAUUGCAUCUGGUAUCGCCUUUGUUUUGGGUGCAUGGAGACCACUUCAAUUACUAUUCUCUUCCAAAAUGUCAUUUUUUACUCUUAUAAUUCUUCUCACUUCGGGUUCUUCAUUCACACACAUCUCAACUACCACCUUCACCAAACUCACCACCCGUAAAAAAACAUCUGCAAAUACCUUAGAUGCAACUGGUUUCACAAUGAGUGUUCCUACCCUACACUCAAUACUAUCAUGUCUAACAGUGGCACUACAUGCUCUAGCUGAAGGGCUCGCAUUAGGAGUGGCUGCACCAAAAGCUUAUGGCUUUGGUCGGCACAUGGUCCUACCGGUUUCCCUUCACGGGCUCACUCGUGGGGUGGCUGUUGCAAGCUGCAUUUUUGGAGCAACUGAUAGUUGGUACGGGUCUUUGGCCGGGUCUGGGUUGAUUGGGAUUGUGGGUCCUGUUUCAGCCAUUGGAGCUAUACUUGCUGGGAUUGAUUAUAGUGGUUUGGACCAUUUGUUGGUGUUUGCUUGUGGCGGUUUGAUCCCAUGUUUUUGGAGCAUGCUUAGAAGGGCAAUGAGGUUAGAUACACGAAAAAGCACAGUGGGUGUUAUGGCAGGUGUAGGUUUUGCAACCGUGUGCUUAAUGUCUACUAAGUUGGUGUGUUUACACACACCUUAUUGCAACUCUGCACCAGAGGCUGUGAGAUAAUGGACUUGUUAUAUGUUAUAUUUCCAAUGAGCACCCUUUGUGAGCACAGUAUAGAAAAACGGUUUUUUGAGGAGAACAUGAAAAGCUUUGGGGGUCCAGAUUCAAUCAGGUUUUCUGUGAAUGACGAUAUUGCUAUGCUACAAUAGAAUUGUUUUACCCCAUGCUUCUAACACUAGUUAGUCGUAUUGCGAAGACCAUGUGGUUGAUGUGUCGGGGUUGUACUACAUGACAACUUUACUAAACUAUAUACACAACUGAAAGUUUCUUAUUUUUUUUAUGACAAGAAUUAUCGCUGUUGGUUUUGAUGA